AUGGCCUCGAUCGUGCGCCCCUCGCUGCUGCGGCACUCCGCGCUGGCGGCUCGCCCAAGAAUCGCCGUCAGAAGCGCCAUGCCCAUGAGAGCAGCGGCUUUCCACAUCUCGAGCAACAGAUCUGCCAUCCUGCCGCCCGGACCCCAGCAUAUUGGGGGCGGAGUCAACGACCCUGCUCCCAUUCCUCCGCCCUCUGCCGCCCAUGGCUCCUACCACUGGACGUUUGAGCGCCUCCUCGCCGCCGGCCUGGUGCCUCUCACCAUUGCCCCCUUUGCCUCGGGCUCGCUCAACCCCACCAUGGACGCGAUUCUCUGCUCUGCCGUCCUCAUCCACUCCCACAUUGGCUUCCAGUCCGUGGUCAUCGACUACAUCCCCAAGAGGCGAUACCCCGGUCUGCGCAAGCUGUUCUGGUGGGGGCUGAAUGCCGCCACCGUCGUCGUCGGUGUCGGUCUGUACGAGUUCGAGACGAACGACGUCGGUGUCACCGAGGCUAUCAAGCGGGUGUGGAAAGCAUAA